GCGACCUCACUGCGAGUCUGUCGGCUGUUUUCAUACCGUUGGAUACCCAUAACAAUAAAGAAAGGAAACACAAAAAAAAUGGCAGAAGAGAAAGCAAAGCGAUAUGUUGAAAACAGUGCGCCAGAUGAUGCUCGUGCUUACUCCAGAGGCUAUGAGGCUCACCGUGUUGGGAUCAGUAUGCAAGAAUGCGUUGAGUACUACUCUAAAUGGGCGGAGAAUGGAAAAUAUGAUCAGGAUCUGUGUUCGAAACGUUACAGGGGACCAGUCAUUGCUGCAAAUGUUCUUACAGAGCAUUUCUGUGACAAAAUCCCAGAGACGAAAAUACUAGACGUUGCUACUGGAACAGGACUUGUAGGGAAGGAGCUUCAGGCUCGAGGUUUCAAGCAUCUGGAUGCCUUAGAACCAGCUACAGGGAUGCUGGAACAAGCCAGGAAGACGAACAUCUACACCAACCUGUACUGUGAGUUCCUGGACGGCAAACGUCUCCCCAUAGAGGACGACACAUACAAUUGCUGUGUAACAUCGGGGGGUAUGGGAGAAGGUCACAUUCCUUGCCACGGGCUACACGAACUAAUUAGAAUAACUAAACCAGGGGGCCUAAUCUGCAUCGUGAUGAGGGAGGAGUAUCUGACCCAUGUCAAGGAGUACCACGAAAGACUUGAACCACUGAUGAAGAAACUAGAGGAUGAUGGGAAAUUGAAGCAACUGUCCCGUGAAAUUGUGUCUCAGUACUCCUUUGACAACAACGGAUUGGUCUAUAAAUUACAAAUUUGUUAAUGCAAAUGGCAGUAGUAGUAUCAGCUGUCAUAUGUUUUAACGUAUUAAAUAAAUCGUUUGA